CGGAUCAAAUUAUCCAUCUACCUGGGAAAGCGAGACUUUGUGGAUCAUGUGGAAUCUGUGGAACCUGUGGAUGGAGUUGUUUUGAUAGACCCAGAAUACCUGAAGGACAGGAAAGUAUAUGUGACACUCAUCUGUGCAUUCCGGUAUGGUCGAGAUGACCUAGAUGUAAUUGGGUUAACCUUCAGGAAGGAUCUCUAUGUCCUCACAACUCAGCUUUAUCCACCAGUGUCAGACCAGAUUCCUAAGACCCUCACAUCUUUACAGGACAAGUUGAUGAAGAAGUUAGGAGACCAUGCUUACCCGUUCACCUUUGAGAUGGCAACCAAUCUGCCCUGUUCAAUCACAUUGCAGCCAGGACCAGAUGACAUUGGAAAGUCAUGUGGUGUGGACUUUGAGGUUAAAGGAUUUUGUGCUAAAAACCUGGAAGAGAAAAUUCAUAAGAGGAACUCGGUGCGGCUGGUGAUCCGGAAGGUUCAGUUUGCCCCAGCCCUGUCAGGCCCAGCACCCAAAUCUCAGAUAACCAGGCAGUUCAUGAUGUCAGACAAGCCCCUGCACCUCGAGGCUUCUCUGGAUAAGGAGAUUUAUUACCAUGGGGAUCCAAUUGGAGUUAAUGUGGACAUAAACAAUACCACUAAUAAGAUUGUAAAGAAAAUUAAAAUAUCAGUUGAACAGAUCACAGAUGUGGUUCUCUUUUCAUUGGAUAAAUAUACUAAGACCGUCUGCUCAGAGGAGUUCAUUGAGAAUGUGGCUGCCAACUCUACCUUCUCCAAAACCUAUGCUGUGACUCCCAUUUUAUCAAAGAAUCGUGAGAAGCGUGGCUUGGCUCUGGAUGGCAAGCUCAAGCAUGAGGACACCAACCUGGCUUCCACAACUAUUUUCAGGCCUGGGAUGGACAAAGACGUUCUUGGCAUCCUGGUUUCUUACAAAGUGAUGGUCAACUUGGUGGUAUCGAGAGGAGGCAUCCUGGGAGAUCUCACAUCAAGUGAUGUCUCUGUUGAGAUGCCAGUCAUUCUGAUGCAUCCUAAACCCGAAGAGAUGAGGAGGUUCUUAUGGUUGAGGAAUUUGCUCGCCAGAAGCUCGGAGGAGAAGAGGACAGUGAGGAAGAGGAGGAAGAGGAAGGAGGAGGAAAAGGCUAAUGCGCAGCUGUCUUCAGCAGGGGUUACUCAAGAGUUUCAAAGCAGAAAUUAUUUAGAGUGUUUUUAAGAGUUCCGUGCAUUUACUUUAAUAUUUCAGUAUUGUAUUUGCAACAUGAUAGCUUUUCGUAAGCCUAAUUUUUCCCCAUGUGAAAAGCAUAGUGAAAAACCACCCCUGCCCCAUGGCUUUCACCCUAAUUGUGAAGCAAAGGGAGUGACGGAUGAUGCUCCCAUGUGCUGCCUCUUUGUUUUGCCAGCUGUCUCUUCCCAAGCCUGUCUUUCAACAGCUGGAACCCUGAUCCGAUGUGUGCCUCUGUAUCAACCCAGGCUUUACCCUGGUGGCUUCUGAUAGUUUUAGUGCAAUUGGGAGGGGACCUGACAGCGCACCGUAUUUACACAGCACUGUGCUAAGAAUUAUUGGCAUCAUUUGGAAAAAGCUGAUUAUCCAGUUCUGGGAUUGUAUGAAUAAAUAUCA